AUGCUGGGCACGAAGGCGGUCGCAGAGGGAAACGAACCGAUCAGCUUUGAGCCGCCGCGACUUCAACGCGUUCUAAUGCAGACGCUACACACGAGACGAAGCAACGUCUUGUUUCCACGCAGCGGUAUCAGCCCCGAAGACGUGCAUCGUCGGCUGAACACCUUUUUGCGUCCGGCCUUCGACUUCGAUCACCCCGAUCAGGCCAAAGUUCUGGGCUCCAUGCUGGUAUCCAUGAACGCAUGGUCCGACCACUCUGCGCGAGCAGAAUUGGUCGGACGCAUGGCAGAUCGUAACCGCUCUCGCGCAUCUACGCUCCGCAAGAUUUUGAUCGCGGACCACGAGUCCACCACCACAUCCUUUGCGUCGCCCAAAAUGUCUUUUCAGCAGAUCAUGGUGCCAGUACUGUUGUUUUUAAGCAGCGAACAAGUCCUGGACUCUACUUCGGUCAACAGAUCGCACUUGCUGGGGAUCGUCGAGCUCUCCCUCGCCCCAAUGCUGGAGUCUAUCCAGUGCCACUUGUCAACUCUAUUGAAGGCACGCCAGCUCAAGGCGCCCGGUAACCCGAGGAAUUUCAACUUGAUCACACACUUCCAAGUUGUUUGGCCGACGUGCAUCCUGCUAGAAGAGUACACGAAGAUAUUCAGCGAAGCAGCCGACUUGCAUCGCAAAGUGCUUUGGAACUUCUGCGCCUUUCUGUUGAAGUGGCUGAAGGAGUGGCUCAACAUUCUGCAAACAGGCGGCUUCGAUGAAGAUUUGUUCUCUUCACUCUCAACCAAAGAACAACAAUACUGCGUCAAGCAAGCAGAAGACGUACUUUUGCGUCUGCAGGCCCGGCUCACACCUGUUGUGCCAGAGCCUUCAGCAAAUGCUCAGCGACCCCAAUUUGUCACCGACGUACCUUCGAUCAGUACAGGCCAGUUGGCUUGGCUGCAUGCCGCUUGGGAGAACACCGGUCCGGGCGAGCUCCGCAAGGCGGGUCCCCGCCACGAUAACGAUCACGCGGAUAUCACCCGCAUCAAGAUUGGGCCCACGGCACAAGAACUCAAGUGUGAUGUUCCCCCCUUCCUGCCUUCGACAGUAGCUGGCGCGCCACACCAUCUGCCGGAAAAUUCCAUGGCUCGAGUCAUCGACACUCAAUUCCGACUUCUUCGACAUGAGUUCUUGGGACCCCUACUAGAGACAUUGCCCAUUCUCAUCAAAGACCUCAGGCAGACUUUGCUAGGCAACGCUGAGCACAAUGAGUGUUCGCGACUUCUUGCAGCACACGGUGGUGUGUACCGUGGACCUGAAGACGGCGCGACGCUGCGUCUGUAUGGCGAUGGCGAGCAGGGGCCGGCCGUUGGUAUAGUCCUGCCAGCACCGGCCUCUCUCGACAUCAGAAACGCGCAUCGUAAAGAUAGUGUUGCAUAUUGGCAGUCCAUCACUAGGCACGCGCUGACCUUCGGUGCAUUGGUGGCAUACGUCGCCUUGGCCGACUCAGAAGCUGAGAUGACGGUGCAAUUGGGCACAGUAGUCUCUCACCUGGGAAAUCAGUGCAAUCGCUUCGUCGGCGCAGAUGGAUCGCUGACUAUAGACGUGCACUUCUUCGACAACGCAAUGCUCAAGGUCGCUGCUGGACACGGAGAAGAUUUGCGUGGCAUCAGCCUCCUUGCGGAGGUGUCCGGAGUUCUGUUCAACACCGUUGAACCUUUCUUGCGCUCGCUGCAGAGACUGGCUGAUCAGGCACGCGACAUCCCUUUCAGCGAAGUCAUCACGUCGCGAGCCGCUGGCUCACUGCGAGACGUGGAAAUGGAGCCACCCAAUUACUCUCGCAUCCCAGGCUUCAAGUUUGACCUCACGGGGCUUUUGAAGAAACCUCCGCCCCGAGACCAGGCUUUCCUAAAGCUGCUCGCCGCCAUUGCUGAGAAUUUGGACGAGGCGCCUAGCGAAACGACGGAAGAAACGGAUUCGAGUACGGACGGCUCGAGUGAUGGGACCCAGGAUGCCCCUAAUCUUCACGUGGAGCCAGGCAACAUCCGUCAGCAAGCUCCAUUGGCUGAUGGCGUGCUGGAUGCUUCGCAGAUGACGGCCCUGCUAUCGACAUUGGACACUCAAGUGUCUCUCAUACAAGGCCCGCCGGGCACCGGAAAGAGCUACACAGGGGUCCAUCUCUUGUCGACGCUUCUAGACUCCGGCAUUUCGCCAAUUUUGGUGGUUUGCGUGACCAAUCAUGCUCUGGACCGAUUCCUAAAUGACUUGCAUGGCCACGGCAUCAGCAGUCUUGUAAGACUUGGUUCACGAUCACAGCACGACACAAUCAGCCAAUUUAACUUGGACACGCUUUGCGAGGCCGUACCCAGGGCCCGGAGUGGGGAGUACGCUAGGGCCUUCAAGAACAUAAAGGAAACGGAGCAGUCAAUGCUGGAUGCAGCGAAAGUUGCAAGCCGUACUCAUUGGAACUACAAGUUGCUCCAGGAGCUGCUUGAAGACAACUACCCUCGUCAACUCCACGCGAUCCAACAGCCACCCGACCACAUUGCUCAGUUGUGGGAGGAAUACCGGACCUGGUCGCGGGCCGACAAGCCUUCGUAUGAUGAGACGCUUUUAUCAUACUGGGCCUCGCUGCAAGAUCUUGAACGUUCGGAUCAAGCGACACGUGUUCCGAGCGACGCUGGCGCUCUCAGCUCCUCGACUGUCCCUCUACAGCGAGGCCACGAUAACGACAAGCCAGCGACGAACAUGUGGAGCGCGUUACAAUCAAAGUAUGAUAGUGACGACUCCGAGGCGGCUAAUGGCAGUGACGACGGCGAUGACGGCUCGGACGUAGGCUGGUUUUGGAACAGCGACGAGUCCGCCGAGCCUGACAAGCGCGCGGUGAUGCCGACACUGGAUGCAGACGUCACAGACAGUUCCUCCACGUCUUCCAGCGCUUCACAAGCCAGCACGCUGGUGCGUCCUUUGGAAGAGCUUCUCGCGGACACCGAACUGUGGACAUUCAGUCAGGGCGAGCGACAGAGGCUACUAGAGCAUUGGCAGGGCGAUUUAAUGAGAAUCGCGAUUCCCGAGAUGGAUCGCGCAGCACAACAGCUCACAGCCGCCAAAGCAGCUAUAAAUGAGCUGAGAGAUCAAACUCGCCUUCAAGUUGCUCGAGAGGCCAAAGUGAUCGGAUGCACAACGACCGGCGCUGCACAGCUCUGUGGCCUUCUAGAGCGCAUCAAGCCUCGGGUGCUGGUUGUCGAAGAAGCGGGCGAGGUGCUCGAGGCUCAUGUGCUCGCUUGCCUGACUCGAUCUAUGGAGCAGCUCGUGCUCAUCGGCGAUCCAAUGCAGCUCCGUCCUCACGUCAACAAUUUCGGCUUGUCUGUCGAGAACGCGCGAGGCGGACAAGCCUAUCGCCUCGACUUGUCUCUAAUGGAGCGGCUAGCCUCAGAGUGUCGAAUUCCCAUGAGACGGCUGGAAGUGCAGCGUCGCAUGCGUCCGGAGAUCUCUGAGCUCGUCCGAGGCUUGUACGAGAACUUGGAGGAUCAUGACACCACGCUCGACAGACCUGAUGUCAAGGGGCUCGGCAAGAAUGUGAUGUGGAUCCAUCACACCCACCGAGAAGAAACGAUGCAACACUCGACCAGCAAGUCAAACGCCUAUGAAGUGGAGAUGGCCGCCGCUACUGUCCGGCAUUUGCUGAACCAAGGGUACACAAAGCCGGGGGACAUAUGCAUUCUGGUAACCUACCUCGGUCAGCUGGUUCGCAUGCGAGAAAGACUCGCGUCUGAACACAUCUCUGUCAGAGUUGACGAGCGAGACGAAGCAGCACUCCACGCCGCUGCUGCUGUACCCGACAGUGCUACCCUACAGCAUGACGAGAUGAAAGUCAAGAACAUGUCCCUUGGCACGGCAGUCCGCAUCGGUACGGUCGAUCGGUUUCAAGGCGAGGAAGCCAAAAUUGUGAUCAUCUCAUUGGUCCGUAACGAAGGCGACCUUAGCAGUUUUGAAGCAGCGCUUUCGUCUAGAAGCGCGGGUUUUGUCAAAUCUACCAAUCGCGCUAACGUCGCUCUCUCGCGGGCGCGUGAUGCAAUGAUUGUGAUGGGUAACGCAACGCAAAUGGCAGUGCAGAGCCAAUUCUGGGCUACAGUCGUCCAGAAAUUCGAGAACACUGGCAGCAUCCUCACCGGCCUACCGCUUCGGUGUGUCUCGCAUCCGGAUGAAGACUACUUAGCAGCUGACCCAGAGCAGAUAGCCCACUGGGCGCCCGACGGAGGCUGCGCUAGACCAUGUGGCAAGGAACUUCAAUGCGGUCAUGUGUGCCCUCUGAAGUGCCACCCGCGAAGCCACGAAAACACCGAUGCGGCAAAGAGCGCAAGAGCUGCCGACACAAGUGCGGGGCAAAGUGCAACACGAGCCACACACAAAAAGGUUGUGGACCUUGUCAAGAGAGAUGCGACACGCAGACGUGCGAACAUCGCCGUUGCGAUUCGCUGUGCUCGGAUCCGUGCGUCAUCUGCUUGGAACCUUGCGCCUGGAGUUGCAAGCAUCAGGGCGCUUGUCCAGAGCCAUGCGGCACGCCGUGUGGACGAUUGCCAUGUGACGAAGCUUGUGACGAGUUGUUGGCCUGUGGCCAUUCUUGUCCAUCCGCAGCUCUGUCCAACGUGCUCAUCGGACUCCCAAAAACACCAAAUUGUGGAUCUGCUCGGUAUGAGGGCGCUUUUGGAUCUCAAUCACACUGUCAGUGAUUUGUCCGAGCGUAUCAUUACUCUCACUUGUGGCCAUACUUUCACAGUGGAGACCCUCGAUGGGCACUGCGAGAUGCUUCUUUACUUCACGCAGAAUCCGACAAAUGGGCAAUGGGACGGUUUACGUCAACCGCCUUCCGCUUUCAGCAACGGUCCCACAUGCCCAACCUGUCGAGCACAGAUUCUGUCACCCAGGUAUGGUCGACCGCUCGCGCGUUCACGCCUGGACAAGCACGAGAGGCGAGCGCUUGCUCGUCUCGGUGAGGAGCUUGAGAAGCUCCAGAGGCUUUGGACUUCUAUCGACGUUGCCCACAAGAUCACCUCUCUCUUGUCCGAACUUCGGGAUCCGCGGGUGAAGGCGCCCAAAAUCGAUCAGCCAACAACCCGCGCGUUGCGCUCCAUUUGUCGCGAUCGCCUUAAGCAGGAAUCGGAAGCGCUCUUGAUGACUGCGCACAAUCUUACAAAUUCGAAGGCCUUCAAGCUGCCUUACGAUAUCCACUAUCCGUGGAUGCGAGCUACAACCGAGCUGCGCCACCUCUACGAGAAGGCUCGGCAGCUCAGCGAAAGCAAAACGCAACUGGUCACCGCAUUCGAAGCAGCCUUGAGCAAGGCAUACCAGGAAGCGCGUCCCAAAUAUUCCGACGACGAUCCGAACUCGGAUGCAAAGGCUUUGGCGGAAUCUCAUCGAUGCGUAGCCAUGCCUCGAUCUCAGGCCGACACACGAAUCCAAAUUGAGGCCAUGCUCAUGAUGUUGCAUGCGCGUGUGGCCAUGCUACGCAUCGCCACCGCGUUGCAGCAAAUGCUUGACAAGGAGCGUUUUGGCGAAGCUCGUCUGUGGAAGUUUCAGGUCCACUUCAUGCUCGAGAGCUCGGGGUGUGAUGCCGAAAAGGUCAUACGCAAAGCGCGCGGAGCCAAAUCGGGACGAUUGGAAAUGCGAGCCGAGUUGCUGCUCUAUCGCAUCGAUUUUGAGCAUACUCGCUUCUUGAUCGAGCUGGACAAGACGAUGUCAAGCAGCUUCAGAGCAGGUGAUUCGACAAAGGGACCAGCUCCCAAGAUCAAGUCAAAUUCGGAGGAAAGCCUCGAAAGAGCGCGCAAGAAGCUCCUCGCUGCCCGAGAGCGCGCAGAAGCCGCAUGGGAGGUUUUUGCGGCCACGACGAGUCCGGCACUCUGCGAAGAAGGCGAAAUCUUGUCUCGCGAGCUCCAAGCAAUGCACCUCAGCGUCUCGGAGUGGCUGGUCGAGCUUGAGAAGGGAGUCGUGCGCUACAGGCCAGUCACGCUCUCAGAAAAGGCGAUGAUCAUCAAAGCACUGGAGUACGCCGAUGACGGACACUUUUAUCGCUGUCCGAAUGGGCACUCUUUCACGAUUGGAGAUUGCGGGCAAGCAAUGGAGGUUGCGACAUGUCCUGAAUGCGGAGAGGCGAUCGGAGGAGAUUCUCAUCGCGUCCUCGACGAUAAUUCAAGAGAUGCCGAGCUCAUGCAACUUGCUCGAGCGCAGGGCGCUAGACGCUCCGAAUGGAUUCGCUGA